AUGGUCAAACAAAGGUUCUCCAUAGACUUUAUCCUAACGGGGAGUAAAGAAGACUCUUUGGCUGGGAAAGAUGCCUCAAAACCACACAUUCCCUGUGCACCACAGCCACAGCCUCCAUGUAAAUAUACAGAAAGGCCCAACCAACCCAAAAGGAAAACUCAACAUAUGGAAACUUGUAGAGAUUCUAAACCUUUCAAGAACCUUUCAGAGGAGCAGGAGACUUGUCUAGAGUAUGUUGUAUCUUCCACAACUGCUCCACACGGGGGUUGGGAAAGCGCUGAUGAAUCCACGUCCAGUUGCUCAGAAGAUGAGAGUGAGCAGAUUGGAUCUCAGAGUCCAGAAAGAGGUCAGCCUGAAGAUGAUGACCUUGGAGAAGCUAGCACCAAGAGUGAGCUGCAACGCAGGAUGAGGACAGCAUUCACUUCCCAGCAGAUCUGCAAACUUGAGGAGAUGUUCAAGAAGCAAAGAUAUCUGGGGGCCUCUGAAAGAAAGAAAUUAGCAAGUUCUCUACAGCUCUCGGAAAUUCAGGUGAAAACUUGGUUUCAGAACCGGAGGAUGAAACUGAAAAGGCAAAUGCAAGACCACCAACAUCGAAUGACGGCAUCCUCUGUCUGCUAUCCCCACCCUAUGCCUUAUUAUCAUGGACCUCCUGUCCCUGUAAAUAACUUACAUUUUUACCAUGGCCAGGCAUGUUCCUACCAAACCCCAGAAUCACCGUACACACCAGAUCCAAGAUUUUUACCCACAGCAGCGCCUCCCCCAGCUGUCAUGAACAAUGGCCAUUUUGACCAAUAUAAUCCAUAUUACAACAAUCUUUAUAUGUGA